AACCUUUAAAUCUUGUUAAUUCUUGUUCGAUGUUUUUUAUCAAGUUCUGUUUUCAUAUUAUGUAAUAAGUCUGCUUCACACUUUUUAUAGAGAAAAUGCCGGUUUAGCGAAAGAAUGAGAAAACUAAGAAAAGAAGAUCUCUAAAACAUCAUGGCUCUUAGAAAAUCCUUUUCUGAAGAUGCCCCUUUAACUGAUGUGGAAAAACAAGAGAGGUUGCUGAAAACAUUAGCCUGUGCAGUUGAAAAUCUUCUGAUCAGCUAUGCCGGUCAGCCACCUGGUAUACGGGCCUGGGAUAUGUUGAGUGGUUUAUCAAAGGUCCUUGAUCUAAUACAAACAGUACUGAAGGAUGGAUCAAUGUACUUAGAUUACAGAGGUCAAACUGAGUGCAGAUCCUUUGUACUGGAACAAGCAGGAAGUCAAAUGGGUAUGUUUGGUAGUUCUUCCAUUGAGGGAUGGCUUCAGUUACAACUUUCAAACCAGUGUCUGACAAUGAAACUGCGAGAUCUGUACAGUGACAGGGAGAGGGUUGCUCUUCACUACACCGAAACAUCGAUCUCCAUGAACCCGGUGUUUAGGCAGACCUUCAUCUUCAUCAUAGAGGCACUAGAGAACUUAGAUCUAGAGAGGUUGUCAACUUUGGACUUGACGUUUAAUGAACUUGAACCUGAGCCUAGUAAACCUGUCAAAAAGAACUCUGUUCCUAAAUUGAAACAGCAUAGACGCUCUGUAAGCUGUCCAGAAGUAAAGGAUUUGUGUGAGCCUGUGGUGGAGGAACUGCAUAGUCCUGAAUAUCUGACAAUGAUUAAAGAUCUGUUGGAAAACAAGGAAUCCGAUGAAUCUACAAUUUCUCCACAGAAGACGAGUAGUCCGGUGUUGAAUUAUGAACAUAAAGUUGAAACAAAAAGUGUAUUUGUGAAAGGUCACAAUCGGGCAGCUUCUGAUUCAGAUAUAGCAUGGGGUAGACCUAUCUCUCCGAUUUUUAAUGGUUCCGAUGAUUUGGACUCCAGUCAAGAAAUUAAAGGAUCAUGGUCUCAAGUAGUCCCAGCAACUUCAGGUUGCUAUCAAAGACCUAAAGCCAACCAAUCUCUUGUAUCCUUUUUAUCUGAAAGUGGAGGGGAAAACGCGCGAAAGGGUCGAAGAGCACAACUUGAUCGAGAGAACGCUCAUUUUAUUCUAUCAGAAGCCAUGAUUGGUACCCUGGAACAGCUACACUUCGAUGCUAGUAUGAAACGUAUUGAUGAACAAGAGGAAAGUGAUGAUGAGAUAAGAGAUCUGAAAGAAAAUAUAAUCACUAACAUUGUUAUAGUAUGAAACAUAUUGAUAAAC